UCACCGUGGACGCAACUACGAGGACUGGACAUCCCACAAUGCAACGCCGUCAAAUUUCUUCUUCGUCAACACAUGGUUGCUAGCUAGCAGUUUUCUUACUUAACUUAAACCCAACAGCAUUUUUUAAGUGUCUGUCUACUUUUAUUCUUCUACCAAAUGAAAGUUAAAGUCCUCUCGAGGAACCCGGAUGAUUAUGUCCGGGAGACCAAACUAGAUAUUCAGCGUGUCCCUAGAAACUAUGACCCAGCACUCCAUCCGUUCGAGGUGAGCAGAGAGUACACCCGGGCUCUGAAUGCCACUAAGCUUGAGAGGGUGUUUGCCAAGCCUUUCCUGGCCUCUCUGGAUGGACACAGAGAUGGGGUGAACUGCAUGGCCAAGCACACCAGGAACCUCUCCACCCUGCUCUCUGGCUCCUGCGACGGGGAGGUGAAACUUUGGAACCUGACCAAACACGAAUGUGUCCGCACUCUCCAAGCACAUGAAGGAUUUGUCCGUGGAAUGGUCGUCCGCUACUGUGGAACAUCCUUCUUCACGGUUGGUGACGACAAAACAAUCAAGCAGUGGAACAUGGAGGCGCCAGGUUACGGAGAGGAAGAGGAACCACUCAACACUAUUCUGGGCAAGACGGUCUUCACCGGACUAGACCAUCACCAGAAGGAGGCGGUGUUUGCAACAUGUGGCCAGCAGGUGGACAUCUGGGACGAGCAGAGGAGCAGCCCAAUCCGCUCCUUCACCUGGGGCGUAGACAGCUUCAGCUGCGUCCGCUUCAACCCUGUGGAGACUGAACUUCUUGCAAGCUGUGCCUCUGACAGAAGCAUAGUCCUGUAUGACAUGAGAGAACCAGCACCCCUGAAAAAGGUUAUUAUGACAAUGAGGAGCAACACUUUGUGCUGGAACCCUAUGGAAGCCUUUUACUUCACAUGUUCAAAUGAGGACUACAACCUCUACACAUAUGACAUGCGGUACCUGGACCAGCCAGUCACCGUGCACAUGGACCAUGUCUCUGCAGUGCUGGACGUCGACUAUUCUCCAACAGGGAAGGAGUUUGUAUCUGCCAGUUUUGACAAAACCAUCCGCAUCUUCCCCAAGGACAGUGGCCACAGCAGGGAGGUCUACCACACCAAGCGCAUGCAGCACGUCAUCUGCAUAAAGUGGUCGUCGGACAACAAAUACAUCCUGAGCGGUUCUGAUGAAAUGAACAUCCGACUGUGGAAAGCCAACGCAGCAGAGAAACUAGGAGUGCUGGCCCCCAGAGAGCGGCAGGCCACCAACUACAGCCAGAAGCUGAAGGAGAAGUUCCAGCACCACCCGCAGAUCAGACGCAUCGCCCGCCACCGACAUCUGCCCAAGAACGUCUACCACCAGAGCAAGGAGCUGAGGGUUAUGAAAGAGGCUCGCCGUAGGAAGGAGAGGAAUGUCCGCAAGCACAGCAAGCCAGGAAGUGUUCCCGUUGUGUCUGAGAAGGAGAAGCACGUUGUCACUGUGGUCAAAUAGUUCAGGGGUCUGGGAAGAGAACAGAAGACCGGAAUGAAGAUGAGGUGGAGCCCACGAUCACACCAACAUGAGACAUGUUCAGACUUAAGAAUUGAAGAAAAUAAGUUAAUAUUUUUCAGUUGUGGGAA